AUGUGGAUUAUCAACUGGUUCUACGAUGUCCUCGCCUCGCUCGGCCUGCUCAACAAGCAUGCCAAACUACUGUUCCUCGGCCUCGAUAAUGCUGGAAAGACCACUCUUCUGCACAUGUUGAAGAACGACCGGGUUGCUCUCAUGCAGCCUACCUCACACCCAACCUCUGAAGAGCUGGCUAUCGGCAACAACAGAUUCACCACCUUCGAUUUGGGCGGUCACUUGCAGGCCCGUCGCCUGUGGAGAGACUACUUCCCCGAAGUCAACGGCAUCGUCUUCCUAGUCGAUUCGAUGGACGUGGAGCGUUUCCCCGAAGCCAAAGCCGAGCUCGACGCUCUUCUCAACAUGGAAGAUCUAGCCAAGGUCCCGUUCCUCGUUCUCGGAAAUAAAAUCGACCAUCCCUCCGCUGUCUCCGAGGACCAGCUCAGAGCUGCUCUGGGUCUGUAUCAGACCACUGGCAAGGGCAAGGUGCCGUUGGAGGGAAUCAGGCCCAUCGAGCUGUUUAUGUGCAGUGUCGUGAUGAGACAGGGUAAGUUCAUGAUCUGCCUACCCACACACAACUCGGUUAAACGCUACGAAGCUUGGGCCAAUGCUAAGGACCUUGUUCGGGAAUAUUUAGGCUACGGUGAAGGUAUCCGAUGGAUGUCGCAAUACGUCUAA